AUGGAAUCUGAUUCAUCCGGUACUGAUCUUACUCAUAUUAAUCAAGAAUUGCCAAUGAAUGUUGAGGAGAAGUUGAAGUUGAGUGACAAAGAAGAUGCUGCAGCUGCAUAUGAUUAUUCAGACAUAAGUCUUCGUCUAUUACACUUCAGCCAGGGGCGGAUAUUUACACUAUUUAUCACAGACGACAACAUUAGUAAAUUCUGUUCUUGCGACACUUUCCUAUCCAAAAAAGACGCGACGAGAUACAUUGCUGAUGUUGUCAUGCCACAUCCAUGGUACGGAUCAAUUUGCUUAAAUGGCAAGCCAAUUGGUUCUAUUACUGUAUCCGCCUUUGGUGGAUCAGAUUUUCGGCGAGGUAUCAUUAAAGGCGGAAGUAAUAGGUGCAGGGCCAAAAUUGGAUACAAAUUAGCAUCAAAGUAUUGGGGCAAAGGGAUCGCCACUAAGGCGGUGAAGAUGGCAGCAGCCACCAUCUUGGUAGACUGGACACACUUGGCCAGGCUUGAAGCUGUGGUGGAUGUUAAAAAUCCAGCAUCACAAAGGGUGUUGGAGAAGGUCGGUUUUACAAAGGAAGGUGUUUUUAGGAAGUAUUAUCUUCUUAAUGGGAAACCAAGAGAUAUGGUUAUGCUUAGUCUUUUAUCCACUGAUCCUCAAUUACACAAUUUAGCACCAGAUAUUUGUAGUCGUGGAAAGAGCAGCUACAAAAACCUAUUUAAAGGAGAAGGUAGAGGGGUGGAUCAGUUGAAACAUGCAUCUUUAUUUUUCUUUUAUUAA